AGCUAUGCUGGCCGGGCUGCCCAUGUAUUUACAGUCACAGUCUGGGCACCUGCCCCCACCUCCGAGUGCAUGAGCCCAGGGGUGGGAAGAUGGGGGAGACCCCGAGCGUCCCUGGGCCGCGCAGUGCUGGUGCUGGGGCAGGGGGCCCCACGGGAAGGCUGGGGUCUGAGAGGGGGUGACUCCCCAAAUGUGGGGCUUCCUCCUGUGUUCCCUCCCACAGCAGGGCCGGCUCCCGGGCCUCAGGGUCAAGUACGUCUUUCUGGUCUGGCUGGGCGUCUUUGCGGGCAGCUGGCUGGCGUACGUGAACUACUCGUCCUACGCGGAACUCUGCCGCGGGCACGUGUGCCAGGCGGUCAUCUGUGACCAGUACCACAAGGGCAUCAUCUCGGGCUCCCUGUGCCAGGACCUGUGCCAGCUGCACAAGGUGGAGUGGCGGACCUGCCUGUCCUCUGUGCCCAGCCAGCAGGUGUACAGCGGGCUCUGGCAGGGCAAGGAGGUGACCAUCAAGUGCGGCAUCGAGGAGAGCCGGAGCGCCAAGGAGGGGUCGGAUGCGGCGCCCCGGCGGGAGCUGGUGCUGUUUGACAAGCCCACGCGGGGCACCUCCAUCAAAGAGUUCCGGGAGAUGACCCUCAGCUUCCUCAAGGCAAACCUGGGAGACCUGCCCUCGCUGCCCGCGCUGGUGGGGCAGGUCCUGCUCCUGGCCGACUUCAACCAGGACAGCCGGGUGUCGCUGGCCGAGGCCAAGUCGGUGUGGGCCCUGCUGCAGCGCAACGAGUUCCUGCUGCUGCUGUCGCUGCAGGACAAGGAGCACGCGGCCCGGCUGCUGGGCUUCUGCGGGGACCUGUACGUCACCGAGGGCGUCCCGGUCCAGCAGCCCAGAUGGAAGGACCGUUGA